AUGGCGACACUGGGCUACCGCGACUCGGGCUCCGUGGUCCUGUCCAAGGCUGAGGCACUCCGCCAGGCACACGAGAAGGAUGGAGAGCGGUCCCGGAUGAUGGUCUUCUCCAAGAGGCAGAGCCCGCCCAGGAAGCGGAAGGAUGAGCGGGAGGAGCGCGACAAGGAAGAGGCGGCGGAGUUUGAGAUGAAGCUGGCCAACAUCAUGCAGAAACGCCCGGACAAGCGCUUGAAGUGGCUCCAGAAGGGCAUGCUGCUGAUCGGGAGGAAGAUGAUCAAAGCCUCGGAUUUCUAUGAGCUGGUCAUGGACAAGAUUUUCAUCUCAGAUGUGCCGGCCGAAAUUGGUACCAAGAUGAAAGCGUCCAUGCUCGCCAACCUCCAUCUCUUCUCUUCCAAGCAGCAGAAGGCGUUGCAAAGCGAAUCAUGUCACUUCAAUCAGUUCUCAUCGGCCUCUUCGAAGGACCGCCCGGCCAAGGAGCCCAAGCGCGGUCAGGACCGCGAAGGCGGCGAGGGCAAAAAGAAGGCGCGCAAGCGCCGAGCCAAGGAUUCGCGGGACAGUGCAGAUGAAGCAGACUCCCUGGACUCUCGGGCUCCACCGCCUCGGCGCCCGCGUCGGGACGACCGCCGGGAUGACCGCCGGGACGACCGCCGGGACGAUCGCCGGGAUGACCGACGGGAUGACCGUCGGGACGACCGACGGGGCGCCGAGGACAGAGACCGGGCUGACGACCGCCGCAUCUACGCCCGGGGCGCGGCCGACGAUGGCUACUGA